GAAAGUGUAUUCUUUUCAACGUGGUGAUCAGAACAUUUCGAAUACACAUCAUGAUGGUCACGAUUUUACAUAAAAAAAAAUGCUUAGACAGAAAGAAAUUUUACAUUUUAAUCGCUUUUGAAGCGAAAACAGAAUUGCCGACGAACCCUGACAAGAGUGUUGGAAGACAAUAUCUCUAGCUUCUGUUUUAAAAUCAUUUUUAAAGUUGAAGAAAUAAUCUAGGCAAGACAUUGCUCUUUUUUGCGUUAAUCAAUAAAGUACACUUCAAAGUUAGAAGAAUAGUGAGCGAGUCAAAGAUAAACAAGACAUAACUUAUUCCCACAGAGGGGCAGCUAAUUAAAAACGUUCUAGUCAAUGGUAAGCAAUUAUUAAGAAUAUUAAAAGGCUUUUUAAAUUAACGGAUUGAAACGAGGCUGAUAGAUUGACAUCACUUUGGGAAUGUCGUUAUUAAAUGUAAUGUAUGUUAAAAAAGAAGCGUCAUAAAGAUAGAAAGAGUGGUGUAAAUUAGAAAAAAUAUAUUUCGUAUGGAUGUGUGACUUCUAGUUGCGUUGCAGUGUUUUAUGUAUCUCUCAUUUUCUCAUGGAUCGAUUGUUACUUAACUGUAAUUAAAGCGUAUGGAGUUAUAAUCCGUGACUAUCUUAUACUUAGCAAGAAAAUCUCUAACAAGAUGAAAGCUUUUAUACGCACACAUGCAACAGCAAGUUUAAGCGCAGCACGGAGUAAGACUGAAUUUAUCAGAACUGAGGAGAAAAAUGAAACACAGAAACACAAACCAAUUAUAUCCCGCUUGAAUUUCCCGUUUAAAAUUACUAUGUCUAUUCAUCCGGAAGGAACGUUAUCCGUCGAGUCUCAUGAAUUGCUGUCGGUUGGUGAUGAGAUUUAUCACAGUGAGAAUGAAAUAUCAAGUCCAGAUGCAAGUCCAAAGUUAAUUUUACGAAAGGUGUCUAGUGAGGAAACAAACACGGUAGGUAACCUUGUCACGAUCAAUUUGCACCCGGAUGAUAUACAAGCUCCACCAUUACGUAAAAGAUCUCAAACGCAACUUGAAACCGGAAAAAUAGACGCGAAACAUUUGUUGCGACCAAAAAGUGAAUACUGCCAGUCUUCUGAUCAAGAAAAUGAAGAUAUCCUAUCUACUUCAAUGGAUUCUAAAUCUCUGAAGAAAAGUUUGAAACAAAUGAAGCCAACAUAUAGUCCGAAGGAAUCACGAAAAGGGAGUUUAAGAGCAGCAAUGAGGUCUCGGUCGAAGUCUGCUGGAAUCAGUGACGAUGAACGGCCACACAGCACUGGGAUUUUCCAACGUAAAGGGAGCGUACAAAAGGAAAAAGUGUUUCGACACAACAGCAUGCCGGCAGAAAAAGGCCGACUAAAUCUUCCUGACGUUGAUUUAAAACAGGCGUGGGUGCCGUUAAGAGAAGCAUUAAAUGCCAUCAGUGCUUUAAAAGGAGGACGAUUUCGACGCCGAGCAAGUUUCGAGGGUGACGAAUGGGAGAUGAUACAAAAAGAAUUGGAACUUUUGAAAUUAGAACAACCAGAUGCAUAUUUCAAGUUCAAGAUCAUUCAAGUUCAAGAGAAAUUUCCAAACGACAAGCUCGAUUUGGAUGUAUCGCUAGAAGAACAUGAAAAAUUAAAACACAGAAGAUAUAACUCGCCUAACAUGAGACACAAAAAAAAUUUGUCAAGUGAUAUAGAAAUCGAACGAAAGCUGAACGAUGAUACAGAAAGAGGCGGAGGAAGAGCGUCCCCCACCUCUCCUACGUUGGUGCGAAGACUGUACAUACAAGAAGGACCAGUAAAAUUGUCGUCGACAACUUCUACGAAUGAGCGCUAUUUCAUCUUAUUUAAUGAUCUCCUCCUGGUUGCAAAGCCGAAAUCCACCUCCAACUUUAAACUCAAAGAACGCGUGAGAGUAAGCGAGAUAUGGUUGGCUCAUUGCAUAGAUGAUGUAACAGAAGCAACCGUGAUACAUGAUAGAUCCUUUGUGAUUGGAUGGCCGACAACGAAUUACGUAGCAGCAUUUAACUCCACCGAAGAAAAAGAAUUAUGGUUCACUGCGCUUGAAAAAAGUAUCAACGAGAGGCGAGAACAAGAAGAACCAAAAGCAGUCAUAAUUAAGGUUUACAACCGGACGAAUAACGAUGAUGUAUGCACACAACAGACUGCGUCAUUUUCCGUCACAUCGAAAGAAGACGCACGUAGCGUUAUCAAGACUUCACUGGACCAGUUUCAAUAUCAGAACGAAGAUCCUAACGAUUAUCAAUUGUGGCUGUCAGCUAAAGAUCAUGUACCGUAUCCACUAUUAGGUCACGAACUACCUUAUUCGAUAAAGAUGAACUAUUCUCGAUCGACACAAGAGCAGACGCACGAUGAAAACGAUAAUCAUUACGACACAACAUCCAUUAUACAGCAAGGCAAAAACUGUCAGUUCGUACUCAAAAAGACCAAGAAAGGAGGAAAUCGUGUCAACUUAGACAUCGCCAACGCUCAACGAAAGUGGAAGAAUCCCAUCAAAAAAUCUCCGAUCAUUAACUGGGCGAUGAAUAAAAAAUCUGUGAAAGCUCCCUACAACCAGAUGGAAAUGCUACCCCCGGGAAAGCUUUUUGGAAAUCCAUUGACGCAACUAUCAACGGAAGAAAAUCUCAUACCGAAACCAAUCCAGGACAUCCUAACUCAGUUGUUUCGAAAGGGUCCAUCCACUACUGGAAUAUUUCGUAAAUCAGCUCUUCUAAGAACAGCCAAGCAAGUGCGGCAAAUGUUGGAUGCUGGCAAGGAAGUGGACUUUGAAGAGAAAAGUGCAAUUGUUCUUGCCACGGUAUUGAAAGAAUUCUUUCGUUCGUUGCCAGACAGUUUGAUCAUAUCUGAGUUAUACGACGAGUUAGCCGCGACAAAAUCAAUAUCGGAUACAACAAGUCGCGUUGAACAAGUUAAAAGAAUCCUUCAAAAUCUUCCUCAAGAAAAUUACGACAUCGUCAUGAAAUUCAUGUGCGCGCUACACCACAUUCAAAGAUUCUCGGAAAGAAAUAACAUGAACUCUUACAACUUGUCGAUAUGCGUGUCACCCAGUAUUAUGUGGCCACCUGUCAAUAGCAAAUUGGCAGUGACGGACCAAGCAAGCGGUUCUAGUGAUGUUGUGUGCUUUAUAAUCGAUAAUUAUGUGGAUAUAUUCUCGCCCGAGAACGAAUACGUACUUGGUGCAGAAACUGAUAUACAAUUAGACGACGGACAUGGUGAAGACUCUGAUUCCGGUGUUGACCAAGUCAUCUAUAAAUCGCACCAUCCGUCCAUGGAUGAUGAUGACCAAAAAAAUGAUUCCGAAAAAGAAAACGAACCUCCGACGCCUGAUUUUAUAUUCACACCAGAUACCAACCGAUUGAGCUCAGCAUUUGCCCAAAGUGAUUCAAGUAUAGGGACAAACGAUUCCGACGAAACAAAGCCGGUUAUAAAUAAGGUGAACAUACCAUCCAUAUCACUAGUUCCGGAGAAAAUUUCUGUUUCCAAGAGCAGCCCAACGACACCGAUCUUGUCAAGACGUGGCGAUGCUCUCCUGGAACGAAAUAAACCCAACGAUGUAAAGAAUCUUUCAGAUAUGUCCGACCACGAGUUUGGUGACCAAAACGAACAUUUUCAACGGAAGCUACUUAAACAACCGAGAAAUAAACGCGUGUUGAGUAGUACCACAACGAGUGCUGAACUUAUUGAACAUAAACGCCAUAUGUCUGAACCGGCACCGAAACACAACGACAAAAAACGGCAUGAUUUAACAAAGAACAAAAAUGAAAACUUUCAGUCUCGCGGAGCCUCAGAAAGUGCGGCGUCAACUAGGCUUGCUAAGAAAAGCGUCAUCUCUCAACCAAUUAUUCAACAUUUUGCAACUGAAUAUUAUGCCACGCCAAACAUUAUUUUCAAUUCUGUUGAUCGACGGCGUCAACCAGCCGCGCCGUCAUAUGAAGAGCAUAUACAACGAACUCAAGCAAAGCACCGAGUUAUAAAAUCCGCAGCUGUUAAACCGCCUUUGAUUGCACAAGCUCAGGUCGUGCAGCGUCAUCAGGUUGAAAGUUACGAACCGCUGAAAAUGCUCACGAAUAAUAACUCGGCUACCCAACGUGACAUAAACAACGCGUCAAACGCAACCAGUGAAAAUACAUUGCCUAAUCAAAAUAAGAAAACAAAUAGUCAAGAAGAUAUUAACGAACGUUUUAAUUCGAUUGUACAAACUAUUAGUGAUAGUAUGCCUGUGAGUAAAUGUCACUCGACGAGGAUAUCGAGCAAUUCACCAACUCCAAGUUGUUCGUCGUUAACAAGCACGUCUAGUUUAACCUCCUCUCCAAUGGAUACAUCGCCACCUAGAACUGAGGUUGUGAAAAGUCUAGAGGAACCACAAAUGCAAACGGUAAAUGUCGAAACUGUGAACGUUCGAAAAGUAAACAUCCUACCGACAGCACCAAAACCCGACAGAAGAAAAAUACAAAAACUAGACUUAAAAGUUGUGGACACUUCGGUGGAACAUACGCCCGUACGAUACACAAAUAGUUUGGAUAGUAGCGUUUCCGACGUGACGUCUCCACCAAUUUCUGACUGCGUGUUCUUAUCACCGAGUUCGGAUAAAGAAAAUGAAAGUAUGGCGACAUCCCCAAAAUUCAACAGUCCAUUCUCGUUGACUUUAAAAAGCGAAGGGAAAAAGAAUGUAGAGUCCGACGUCAGUGAUAAUCGAGGCCAGUCACUUCAAUUAAAAAAGACUUUGUUAACUAAGGCACCAAUGAAACUUGACCAGCUACGUGGUUCGACUUCCCGAGAAGAUAACGGUAGAGUUGUAACAGCAAGAGAAAUGCGACGAACAAAUAGAAGACUGAAAUCUGAAAUUCGAAAUGCCUUCAACGAGGGAAAGUUUGUUUACAAGCUACCAUCCCGCAGCGAAACUUCUCUCCAGGGUGCUAUUCCAAGUAGAGGUUUGAGGAUGAAUAUUAAUGGACAUUUACGUGGUGAAAACAGCGCAGUGCUAGGAACACAACGAAAUCAUUUAUCAAAACAGACUGCAGACAUACUAGGUGCUUCUCGAAUUCGUUAUACAGAAAAUAAUAACGUUGCAGAAUCAAGGACGUGUGACCACGAUGAUAAUAAAGAAUAUUCACCGCAAAACGAAUCAUAUGUAUGACCACAGCCGAAUAAUUUAGUGAGAAAAUUUUUGCUGUUAAAAAAGGAAAAGUUUCGCAGAAUGAAAAUAAAAUGUCCAUUCCCCUUUCCGUAUCAUGCAGAAUCGUAUACUAAAAAAGUCUACGUCUGCCUGGUAACAAUUUCUUCUACAAAAUCUGAUACAGCGCGUUUUUUCGGAAAUGAAAUUUGGUGACCUUUUUUAAAUGAAAUCCCAGCCUGCUGUGUGGUACGUGCGGAAACUUUGUUUUUUUAGAACGCUUCUUUUAUAAUUUUUCUGUUUUGUAAUAAACUAUUACCUGUAAAUAUGUGACAUGUAUAUUAUUAUUAUUAUUCUUUUAAAAAUGAUUACACCUAUUUUAUCAAUAUAUUUCCUUGUUAAUAUCUA